AUGGCAGCAACUCCAGACAUCUCUUUAACGUGGUCAUCAGUCUAUAAAGUCGCCCCAAAAGACAACGUCUCUCUGCCCGGGGACAAGAUACUAUUACCCCAAUCUGCUCUGGAACAACUAUUAUCGGCAUCCACAGUCACAGUCAAUUCUAAUAGUCGCUCAAACAAUGUCGCAUUCGAUCCAUUCAAUCCAUAUUCAUUGGCAGCGGCUCGCAUAGAACAGUCACAAUGGAGAGAUACCCAACAACAACUUCCCCAUCCUCUCACGUUUAGGCUCGUCAACUCGAAGAAUGGCAAUGUCGUAUAUGCAGGAAUUCGAGAGUUCUCGGCAGAUGAAGGAGAAGUUGUCCUAAGUCCAUUUUUGCUAGAGUCAUUGGGAAUCACUGCGCCCAUACCAAAACCAACACCACCAAGUUCAAGGGCUGAAAAUAGGAGAGGAUCGUCCGAUACGCCUAUAGAUCUUACAGAUAACCCUGCAAUCGACCUCACGGGUGACGGGACGAUAGACCUUACAGGCGAAACCGAGGAACCGGCGCAGAUCACAGUGCAUGCGAAACAAUUACCCAAAGGUACAUACGUGAGGUUAAGGCCAUUGGAGGCUGGUUAUAAUCCCGAAGACUGGAAAUCAUUGCUCGAAAAACACAUGCGAGAAAAUUUUACAACUUUAACAAAAGGUGAAAUAUUGAUGGUUCGGGGUUCAAAGUCGGAGGAGUUCCGAUUUCUGAUUGAUAAGUUUGCGCCAGAAGGAGAUGCUGUUUGCGUCGUUGAUACGGAUCUAGAGGUCGAUAUUGAGGCUUUGAAUGAAGAACAGGCUCGAGAAACCUUAAAGCAAAUCAUGACAAAGGCACAAAAAGCUCCAGGAACGGCCCAAGGAAGUUCAAUUGGCGGAGAAUUAGAUCUAUGGAAAGCUUUACAAGGACAGGUCGCAGAAGGCGAUUAUGUCGACUAUACUUUACCUUCAUGGGAUCGAUCAAAUGGCCUUGACAUUGAGCUUUCGCUCGAGGACGAUAGUGAUGGUGAUGUGGAGAUAUUCAUUAGUCCUCAAUCAGCUCAUCAAAGAGCGAAACCACGAGAAGAUGAACAUGUUCUCGGAGAUUUCUCAAGUGACAAAAUCAAGAGAAUAACCAUACAACAAUCAAAUGUGGAAUUAGACGGAGCUGAUGCCAUGUUGAUUUCUAUAUACUGUCGAGGAACCGGAGCAGGUUGUGAGCUAUCGCAUGGACCACGGAAGUAUUCCAUUAAAGUAAAAUCGCUUGAAAAAGGGGCAAGCAACGGGGCUCCAAGCAACCCAAUCUCGCUCGAAGAAGAUACCGAAUUGCAUGGAUCUGAUGAGGAGCAAUGCAAAAAUUGUCAUCAAUGGGUGCCAAAGCGGACAAUGAUGCUUCAUGAGAACUUUUGUCUCCGCAAUAAUAUCUCAUGCCCUCAUUGCGAUAGCGUCUUUCAGAAGAAAUCUCCAGAAUGGCUGAAUCACUGGCAUUGUCCUCAUGACUCGGCCCAUGGAAAUUCGUCAGAAAGCAAAAGCAAACACGACUCUAUAUUUCACGAAGCUCGGCAAUGUCCCAAUUGCCCUUACGAAGCAACAAACUUAAGGGAUCUUGCUACUCACCGUACGUCUGUAUGUCCUGGCAAGAUUAUUCUGUGUCAAUUUUGCCAUCUUGAAGUUCCUCAAGAGGGCGACCCCUUUGAUCCGUCUCCCGAAAGUCUUAUAUCCGGACUUACAGCACACGAGCUUGCAGAUGGAGCUCGAACUACGGAAUGUCACCUCUGCAGCAAAAUCGUUCGACUUCGAGAUAUGGCCACCCAUCUUAAACAUCACGAGCUCGAAAAGAAUAGCCGAUUCAAGCCAGCAAUCUGUAGAAAUGCCAUCUGCGGUAGAACUCUAGAAGGCGUCGGCAAGAAUGGGGAAGUGGGCGCUGGAUCGAGAAUGGGCCAAGGACCUGGUAAUGAUUUGGGCCUUUGCAGUAUCUGCUUCGGUCCAUUAUACGCUAGUAUGCACGACCCAUUAGGAAAGGCAAUGAAACGCCGCGUGGAACGAAGGUAUCUGAGCCAGAUGAUCACCGGAUGCGGCAAAAAAUGGUGUACAAAUAUCUAUUGCAAGACUGCAAGAGUGAAAGAAGCCAAGGGACCUCAAGCAACACUAGCGAUGAAAGAUGCCCUUCCACUUGUUCAACCAUUAGUAGCCCAAAUAGAGGAUAAGACCGAACCGAUGUAUUUCUGUGUCGACGAAGGAAACCAAAAGAGGAGAAAUCUGGCUGAGAUGUUGGCCAUGGAGCCUGGAGGUUGGGAGUUGGAGUGGUGUAUUGCGGCUUGUGAGGCAGAGGGUGCAAAUCUUGAUAAGGCUAGGACAUGGUUGGCUAAUUGGGCUCCUAAGAAAGCUUGA